AUGAAGACUUGCCUUCCAUUUAAAGUACUGAAACAAAAUAGAAGUAAACAGAUAGAAGCUCCAUUACCAGCUAAGCGAAUUCAAAAGUCAUCUCCUUUCGAAACUACGGGAAUUGAUUUUUCUGGACCACUCUACGUAAAAUAUAAUAACUCCGUUACGAAAGCUUACAUCGUCAUCUUUACAUAUGCUACAACUCGAGCUAUCCACUUAGAAUUAGUUCCCGAUCUGCGUACUGACGUCUUCCUAUUUGCAUUACAACGUUUUGUGUCUAGACGUUCACUUCCUCAUACAGUGUACACUGAUAAUGCAACAACUUUCUGCGUUGCGUACAAAGAGCUGAAAUUAUUCUGGGAUACUAUAUCCUCUGCCAAGGCACAACAGUUUUAUACCCACCACAACAUCAAAUGGAAACUCAUCGCCCCAAGUGCGGCUUGGUGGGGAGGAUGGUAG